UGACGUGGCCGCGCGCCGGGGGCGGCUCCGGGCCGGGGGCCGGCGGCCGAGCCGGGCGGGGCCGAGCCGGGGCGGGGCGGCGCAGCAGCUGGAUGGCCGGGGCCGCCCGGAGCGUCGCCGCUGCCGCCGCACGCACGUGGUAUGUCUGGAUGUCCCUGUCCUGGUUGUGGCAUGGCGGGCCAAAGGCUCCUCUUCCUCACUGCCCUUGCCCUGGAGCUCCUGGGGGGUGCUGGGGGUUCCCAGCAGGCCCUCCGGAAUCGGGGGGCUGCAGCAGCCUGUCGCCUGGAUAACAAGGAAAGCGAGUCCUGGGGGGCCCUGCUGAGCGGGGAGAGGCUGGACACUUGGAUCUGCUCCCUUCUGGGCUCACUCAUGGUGGGGCUCAGCGGGGUCUUCCCACUGCUCGUCAUUCCCCUGGAAAUGGGGACCACUCUGCGCUCAGAAGCGGGGGCCCGGCGCCUGAAGCAGCUGCUCAGCUUUGCCUUGGGAGGCCUCUUGGGCAAUGUGUUUCUCCACCUGCUGCCUGAGGCGUGGGCCUACACGUGCAGCGCCAGCCCUGGUGGUGAGGGGCAGAGCCUGCAGCAGCAACAGCAACUGGGGCUGUGGGUCAUUGCUGGCUUCCUGACCUUCCUGGUAUUGGAGAAGAUGUUCUUGGACAGCAAGGAGAAGGAGGGGACCAGCCAGGCCCCCAGCAAAGACCCCGCUGCUGCUGCUGCUCUCAAUGGAGGCCGCUACCUGGCCCAGCCGGCUGCAGAGCCUGGCCUGAGCGCCAUGGUCCGAAGCAUCAAAGUCAGUGGCUAUCUCAAUUUGCUGGCCAACACCAUAGAUAACUUCACUCACGGGCUGGCUGUGGCUGCCAGCUUCCUAGUGAGCAAGAAGAUCGGGCUCCUGACCACCAUGGCCAUCCUCCUGCAUGAGAUCCCCCAUGAGGUGGGCGACUUUGCCAUCCUGCUCCGGGCCGGCUUUGACCGAUGGAGCGCAGCCAAGCUGCAGCUCUCGACGGCACUGGGGGGCCUGCUGGGUGCCUGCUUCGCCAUCUGUACGCAGUCCCCCAAGGGAGUAGAGGAGACCGUGGCCUGGAUCCUGCCCUUCACCUCUGGUGGCUUUCUCUACAUCGCCCUGGUGAACGUGCUACCUGACCUCUUGGAGGAAGACGACCCGUGGCGCUCCCUGCAGCAGGUGCUUCUGCUCUGCACGGGCAUCGUGGUGAUGGUGCUGUUCUCCAUCUUCAUUGAGUAACCAUUCCUGACGCCCCACCCCCCGCAGCAAUAAGAGACUUGGAUUCACUCUGUGAUGGUGUGUGAGGCAGAGAGGGCGCGUGCCCGUGAGUGAGCCAGCCUCCGACCAGAGGAUGAUGUGCGUGUGUGUGUGUGUGUGUGUGUGUGUGGUGUGCCCAUGUGACCAGAGGUGUGUGCGAGACCGACACUGUGAUCCCUUGGGCGUUGGGCCCAGGACCCCAGGCCCGCGCCUACCCCCAGCCAUGCGGUGGUCUUCUCUCCUCCCACCCUGUCAUCUUGCACCUCCCCGAGUGAGCAGUGAGGAACAGCAUUGGUCCCGAGCAGAGGUCUCUUCCCACCGGGACCCCAAGAGGAGUGAGAGCAGCCCAGGGAGCCCAGGGCUGCGGGGAGCCUGCUGGGGCCUCAUGCUCCCUGGCCUGAGGGAGCAACCCCCUCUGCGCGUGCUCCCAGCCCUGGGCAGCCAGGGACCGAGGCUGGGGUGCCUUCUCUGCCCUUCCUUCACCAGCUCUAAGGCCAAAGAAAGGACAGGCAGGUGCUUGUGGAGCCCCCUGCCCCGCUCAGCACUGACAGCCCUACCCCUCCAGCCUGGAGCCAGGAGAUGCUUCCAAAGACCUUUUCUUCAGGGCUGCCUGCCCGGGGCCAGCUCCUGUUCCCCCAGUGAAUGCUCCCUGGCAGCGCCAGCAACUCUUGCCACCUCCAGCUGCCAAACAGCAGCCUGCAGGGCAGCAAGCAGCCCCGGGGCCAGAGAGGCCUCCCAGUCCAGCUCAGGGAUGCGUGUACCAGCACAGGGCCCAGGCAGCUGCUCUGGGGGUAGGGAGAGCAAGCCCUGGCUGCCUCCCCCUGCUCGGGCCCCUUUUCCUGUCCCACUGCGGUGGGGGUAAGGUGGGGGUGGUGAGGGCUCCACGUUGUCAGCACUCAGGAAUGUGCUCUGGGAGAAUGCUGAAGCCAUAAUCCCCAGCUAUUUCCCUUGGCUGACGCCCAGGUACUCAGCUGGCCCACUCCACCGCCAGACUCCAGCCCUGCUGCUUGGCCAUGGGCGUUGAGAAGUGGCCAUCAACGGGGUCUGAAUGGUUUUACAGCAGUUUUGCUGUGGUUCCAUUUGUAUCUGUAAAUACCUGUUCUGUAGAUGAGAUGCAAAUAAAUAUUAUAUGCAAA